AUGCCUAUAACGUAUAACCGCGGAAAUGUAAGAAAAAUUGGUUUUCGUACCAGAGGUAUAUUAGCUCAAUCCCUUGAUGUCAGCGGUCCACGCGUGGACUCUGGAGCAGGAGGUGAUGGUAGGUUAUUUCUACAAAUUCGACCUGCUCUGGCUGAUCCACGUCAUGCUGUAUUACAAAGAUCUAAUUCAACUUUAUCGGGUAACUCAUAUUUAUGCAAAGAAGAUCCUAAAGACGAUAGCAAUGGACUACAGGCUGUUGGAGAAGGCAAAGUACAAUUAUCACGCACCCCACAGGAAAAAGAUCGUCUUCCGGAUAGGAUUAGUCUUGAUAGACGGGGUCUCUCAUCAAUACCACAUAUCGUUGGCGAGCCAGGCUUGCGAUUGCUCUCGUUACAACAUAAUUUGAUUAACACCCUUUCUGGUCUGUCACCGCUUGAUUUAAGUAAAUUAGUUUUUCUAGACGUUUACGACAACCAGAUCGAUAAAAUAUCAUCGCUUGAUAGACUCUUCAGCUUAAGAGUGCUGCUUAUGGGAAAGAAUAGAAUAAAAAGAAUUGAAGGAUUAUCCAACCUUAUAAAAUUGGAGGUUCUGGAUUUACACGGUAAUCGGAUAACUAAAGUUGGGGGAUUGUCGAAUCAGAGCGAAUUAAAGGUGCUCAAUUUAGCGGGUAAUCAGAUUAAAAGUAUGGCACCGUCAGAUCUCCAAGGCCUGAUCUCGUUGAGAGAGUUAAACUUGAAACGUAACCGCUUAAGGAAACUGCUUGGAUUUCAAAACACUCUGAAGCUGCAGAAGUUGUAUCUUGGAAAUAAUGACUUGCAAAGUAUCGAAGACGUAGCUUCAUUGGCUGAAGCAACAUCGCUAGUGGAUGUAUCUUUGGAUGGAAAUCCGGUAGCAUUGGGCGGGGAUUGCACGCCCUUUCUAGUUUCCUAUCUCCCUAAUCUAGUUACAUUGACGAACAUGCAUGUUAGUGAGCAGGUACGUCAAGCAGCUAUGGCCUGGCGCAGUAAUAAAGAAGCAGCUCACGCAGCGUACUGUGCUCUCAGUGGCUCGGCACAGCAGGCCGCUAGAAGAGACCAAAUUAUACACAACGCAAGAACUAAUUGGGAACUACUUAGAUCAGAAAAUAAGUGUUUCAUUCCCGCCACAACACCAACAAAACAAAAUGAAGAUGAAAAACAAAUUGAGCCUCCAUUAUCAAAAGGUACACAGAACGAUGCAACACAAACAGUAGAGACAGUCUGCACUCCCGAUCUAAUAGCUUCAACUCAACACCUCGAGGUCCCAGAACCUGAUAAAGGCAACAGAAAUAAUAAUGAAAUAAAAACAAAAACUGUUCAUGAUAGUACAAACACAAAAUCAGUGCCGACAAAGAAACUCCAACGAAGUUCAACUGCUCGGAAGCCAUCUGAAAGACGAGUUAACUUCUCAGAACGGAGCGCCUCCCAAGAAACGGACGCUUCUCACUCAACAUCCACUAGCAGUGACUUGCGUCUCCCUCCGAUCUUACUGCCAAUAAUAUCAUCAUUAGAAAAUGUUAAGUUAACAGACAGUUCAGAACCUAUCCUAAAGAGGUGGGAGAGCAUAUCCAGCGUAGAACCAGUGGGAGAUUCGUCGUUUAGCUCCCUACAAUCAUCAACCAGUGACAGCGAUGAGGAGACCAUUAAGAGACAAUUCCGCAGAGUCCCAACGGUAUUGAAGAGACGUGAACAUUUUAGUACGGCACGAUCAAAAUCAGUCUGCGACCCAGAAAGCAGGAGAGUUAAGACAAACAAAAACGUUGACAGCGAAAACGCUAGCAAUAUAUCUUCUUGCACGAAUUUCGGUUCCGUUGGCACAUCUUCGACAUCUGGGAGUGAUAACAAUAGUAAGACUCUUAAGCGGCAAGGCUCAUUAAAUGGGAGACCGAACAGAAAUAUCCGCAGCGCCACAAUUACACGAAGAAAUGAGCGCGCUUCAUCUGCUCACAGAGCAUCAACGGCCAGAGCCAAGUCAACAAAAACUAUAGCCAAUAUGAAGUACUCGGAACCAAUGAAGCCAGUUCCACCGAAGGAUCGAGAACAAGGAGUCGAUUAUCUGAUAGAAGUCAGUGAAGGCGUGGUCAGUGCGUGGGGCGCGGGCGCAGUCAGACGAUUAGCUAGAGACUGGGAAUGGGAGAAAGCGAAGACUGUCAAUCACGCAGCUUUCCAUUACGUGCAUUUUAAUGCCGUUGCGCAAUGCCUACCGGAACUUAAAGCUAAGUUUCCAAAUGUCACUUCCUUAUCCGUCCGGGCCACCGGUUUACAGAAUUUGGGCCAAUUACACGCUCUGGCUGAACUGCGGGGACUAACAUCGUUAACAGUAAUGCCGGAGGGUAACCCUAUAUGUGUCAAAACAUGGCGGGAAUACUCUAUAUAUAGACUCGCCCACUGGGGCCUUAAAGAGAUUAAUAGCGAAACGGUGACAGAUGAAGAAAUCAAAUCUGCCAAUGAAACGUAUGCUGGCCUCAGUGAUAUUGUUCUCCGUGCACUCCCAGACGCUCCCUUACAACCAUUGCUAUCAAGAUUAGGUAAAAGUAGGAACAGUACGAUCAGUGCCAAGGCCUGGCUGAGGGCCGCUGACCCCGCAUUAAGAGACGUCAUCGCGAAAGAGGCUUUGCAAUAUAAGAAAAGUCACGUGUCACAGGAGGAUAUGAAUUGGCGGGUACGCGGACGCGGUCAGCUAUCGCACGCCAUAGAUCUAGCUUGUGGGGCCGCCAUUAGACUUAGAACACUCGAACUACAAUGGCCGACGAUAUUCGUUGAAAUGAUCGAGGAAGUGUUAAAAGAUUUUUCCGACAUGGAAAACCAUGUUAAAGAACAAAUGCGUAUGCUUAUGGAUACAUUAUAA